AUGCUAGCAAUAAUUAUACUCGGUUUCAUAAUAACAACAGUGGCUAAAGUGUCAGUAGCAAAUGCCCAUAGCCCAAGCCACUGCAAGGAUGGCACGUUCUUUUUGGAGUUCUACGAUGUGCGUGACGCCACGCGAUACCGGACAGCAAAGGAGGCUUCUGAGAUCGAGUUGCCACCGGGUCUGCCCAAGGCUGUCCCAGCCAAGGAAUCGCCACAAGUGUUGCCGCCGCCCGGACUCGCGAAGGUGGCCGCCGCGGCGCCAGCAGUGCGCACGCCGGCCGGAGAGUGGCAGGUGGUGAUCCACAACUUGCCCGUGAAGAUUCUGACGAAGGUGAUGAUGGAAGCGGCCUCGACCUCAGCGAUUCCGAAACUCGUGAUUUGGAACUCCUGGCGGAGCGAAGUGAAGGUCUUCCAGCAAGCUGGCUUCGAUGGAUACCUAAAGGAGUUCACCAUUCAAGCUGGCAAAGCCGGGGAGGUUGUGGCCAAGUUUGCGGACCAGCUGGCAGCACAGAGGUGUGUCGCGCAUUUCUGUGGGUGCCAGUGGGACAACAAGUCCGGUGCGGUUGUCACUGCAGAGCUCGUCCCUCCAAGGGAGACAAAGCCAAGCAAGCAUCUGAAGAAGAAGGCUCUUGCCUCGGCCUCCAACGAGAUGUCUGCGGAAGCCCCUGCCUUUCAACCGAAGUCCGUGGCACCCUAUGAGUUCUCUGCCGAGGCUCCGAUUUUCAUGCCGCUCUUGGGCUACAUGCCGAAGGUUGAAGAAGAACAAGCAGUCUCCGGAAACACCCGCACCCGAAAUACGACCAAGCUUGCCUUUGGUUCAGACACCAGCACAGAAGUGGGCGAUUCCGAGGACGACGACAAGGCAAGCCCUGCUCGGGUGAAGCGCAUCCCGCCGCAACAGGCCAUGGGUGCUCGAUCUCGAUCAGGCUCAGCCUCCUCUGCCUAA